AAAAACUAUUUUUUUUAAUAAAUUUUCUUAAAUUUUCCUGUUGAUUCUUGCAGAAAUAUAAACCACUACUGACAGAUUAGCAAUAAUUUUAAAAUACCCAUUGAGUACGUCAAUCAAAAUGUUCAAAUGACAAAUCUAAUAAUGUUUUCUUUUAAUUUUUUUUAAAUUAUUAGUGGAGAUGUUAAAAAUAUAAAUUAUCCUUAUGAUUUUAUCAAAUUUUUACUGUUUGUAUAUUAUUGUAUCCCCAUUUAUUAUAAAUGUUACUGCAGAUUGCCUGGCAAAUCCUUUUCAACACAGAUCUCCUUUUUUAAUACGACCCGAAACCAAUGAAUAUCCUUUUUCUAUUAUCUACCCAAAUUUUGGAGAAACUGUUAUAAGAUUCAAUGCAGGAGAUGCAAUAGAAUUUGCUUGUCCUCAUCAAGAAGUUGUUUAUAGUGAAAUCCGUACACCAACUAUGGUGAGAGGUACGUGUACAUCAUCAGGACGAUUUGAAAUGAAUGGGAAACGUAUUUUAUUUGAAAAUAUAGUUUGCAGUGAUGAACCUAGAUCAGAAACAAGAUUACUGGUAUCUUCAAACUCACAAUGUGGUAAUAACGCUAGAUUAGCAGAAGUAGGAUUUGAUAUAGGAAGAAAUCGCUUUCUGACCGCCUACAUAGUUUGUUUCGAUUAUUAUAACGAAAUACCUUCAUACACAAGACAUACUAUAAUAUCAAAUAUCAAUUUUGGAUUCAACACAAAAGAACGACCUUUUUUUAUUCAAGAUGACGACUUCUACAGAACUAAUAACAUCGAUAAUUUCUAUACAAGGAAUAAACAUAGAUCUACCAUUAACAGAUUGAUUGGUCUACCAGAUUCUUCUACCAAAUACAUUCAAAACGACUACAAAUUUAUAUCUAGAGGACAUUUGGUUGCAAAGAAAGAUUUUUUUUAUAGAUCCUUCCAAAUGGCAACUUUUAGAAUGAUCAAUGUAGCUCCUCAAUGGCAGACUUUUAACGGAUUCAACUGGAAUCAAGUUGAAAUUGAUACUAGGAAUUACGCAAAUGAUAAUGAAUUAAAUUUAGAAGUCUACACAGGGAUAUUUGGAGUAGACACUCUACAGCAUGAAAAUAAUAAUCAAGAUAUACCAUUGUAUUUAAUUUCUCAUGGGAAUCAUCUAGCCCUACCAGUACCAGCGCUUUUUUGGAAAAUUAUAUACGAUAGUACUAAUAAUAAAGGGAUUGUAUUAAUUGGAUUAAAUAAUCCAUACAAAAGAGAUGACGGUAAUGUAAUAUGUUCAGAUAUAUCAAAGCAAAUAAAUUGGUUGACAUGGGAUCAAUUUAACGUACAAAAAGGGUAUUCCUAUGCAUGUACAAUUACAAGUUUUAGGUAUGCCGUGCAGGAACAAUUACAUGUACCAGAUGAUAUACCUGAUCUUGGUUUAGAAGAAAUAUUAGUGUAAUUAUUUCGAAACGAAAGGUAUUAUAAAAAAAUUGUUACUGGACCUU